CCUCGCCCAAGAAGAAGCAGUCCCGCGACCACUGAUAGUAGCGGGAGCUGCCUUCAAGAUCUCGUUGUGAUCCCAGGCCUUGAACGCACCAGCUUAAAUGAUUGAGACCUUUCUCCGCUUGCGUAUAUCGCUCACCAGCUUGAAUGAUUGAGACCUUUCUCCGCUUGCGUAUAUCGCUCACCGCGGCUGAACAUAUCAACUGCGUAUUAAAUAUCAAUCUGAAGCCGACGGUUCGCUCGCUCGAACGCUCGCACCCUCUAUGUUCUGUUUCAAAGGAGGCUACGUACACCUUCUUGCCUUCACACUGACUCGACACAUCCAAGACAACACAAUGACGCCUGACACUCCCAACAAAGCUCCACUCGACAAGGGGCAGCGAGCACGCUCUGAGUCUGCCGGCGCAGAUGAAUGGCGGCCUGACGGCCAAGAAGCUGCAGCCGGCAACCAAGACUCGGAUGAUCUUGCUGAGGAAGAUUCAGAAGACUCAGGCAAGGAGUAUGGCUCACCAAAGAAGAGCAAGAAGCGCACGGCCAGAGCCACCUCUGCUCCCAAGACGCCAAAGCGUGGAAAGGUGGGAAGCUCAUUGCAGUCGUCACCCAGGAGCAGCAGCAGGGCCCCCAGCUCUGGGUGGAGUCAAGGUAACUCCUCGAUCCCGACCUCGUACUUUUCAUCACCGAGAUCACUCACAUUCGCUGGUCACCGCCGCAGAAGAGCUCCUGGCUCUCUAUACGGCGUCCUUUCGGCUGGCGAUGCAGAACAUCCCUACCAUCUGCCAGGAGCCGGGACUCGAGGGAAGGUCCAACGCACCGGUCAACAUGAAGAUGAGAGCUGAGUUCAAGGUGAGUUGCUAUGCUGUGAGGCUUGUCAAGAUCGAUGGCUCAACGUCAUCGGCCUGAGACACACGCAGAAGACGCUCAAAGCCCUUGGAGGCGACGGCGCUUGGAUUGAUA